UAGACUGUCUGUAGUAUAAAAAUAAUUUUGGCGACUCCUUGGGUAGAAUUUCAUUUUGCUAUCUACUGAAACAGAAAUAUUUAGAUAUUAUUGUAUCACUGGCUGCAACGGAGUGCCCGCCAGUAGUACAAUAGUAGUAGUACUGUGUUGUAGAUCUACAUCUCCGGAGAAAUACGUUUCUUUGGCACUGAUAUCUUCUAGCGAGAAGUAUGUAUUUUUGUUUCCACGGAUUCGGCGUGCAGAAUGCAGUAGUUUUGCUAGAAUUUUUGAAGGCGGGCAGGCCUAGUGCCUAGUGGUUGUAGUACAGUGCGAGUGCAGCGCAGAAUUCGUCGUGCAUUGGCACGCAGAAGACGGCUUUGCUGCUUGCAAUGGAGUUUCCCACAGUUUCUUACACCGCUCUGGCCAUCCUAGUGGUGGCGUUUAUGUCAUUCAUUCGCCGCUGGCGGCCCAGGAAGCUUGUCGCUGCAGGCAUCCCGCUGGACAAGCAAAGCGUGGUGCUAACGGGUAAAGCUACGCCUGAUGCCCCUGAUCCUGAUGACAAUCCAGCGCGAGCAGCGGCACCAACAACCAUCGAUGUAGACCAGGUCGAGACGGAAACGCCUCACCAAGACCGUGACCCGGUUACGGACGGUGCAGCAGCAGCACCGGGGCACGCUAGCAGGCAGUCACAGAGCGACAGCAGCAGGCGGAGACGUGUUGGCGGAAGGCAGUUCCUGGAGUAUUUGCACGAGGAUGCCAGGACAGUGUUUAGCUGGUUCGAGCGGGCUGUUCGCACAAAUGGGGAUAAGCGGAUGCUUGGCCAGCAAAAAUGUCCGAACGGAGAAGAAUGCUACGAUUGGCUGACCUAUAGAGAAGUGGGCGACAGAGUCAAGACUAUCAGUGCUGGUCUGGCUGAGCUGGGAUGCAAGGAAAAGCAGCGCAUUGCCAUACUGGGGUCGACACGGCCAAUCACGACGAUCAGCGAGUAUGCAGCGUUUCGUCUCAACAUGAUCACCGUGCCGAUAAUGUACAAAGCGUCGCAUCGUGUCCUGGAGCACAUUCUAGAUGAAGUACAGCCAAUGCUCAUACUGUCCAGCGGUGAUAAGAUUGCAGCUCUCCUGCAAAUAUGCAAAGAUAAAUCAAUAGGCACCACCACGAUUGUCUCCUUUGAUUCGUUACCACAAGAAACACUUGAGGAGGCCCGAGAGCUGCAGAUUGAUAUUCGACUAUUGCAUGAAGUUGAGGAGGCUGGCAAGAAGAACCCGUGCGCUGUGUCCCCCGCCACACCAGACGACAUUGCGUCCAUAUCUUACACCAGCGGAAAGGGCUCCAUGCCCAAAGGGGUCCUGCUCAGCCAUCGCAACCUUAUCGCCACGGCCAGUGCAGACAUCGUCGGCAAGCCUCUCAGCUCCUACGCCAUCCAGCCGCCAGUGCUCAUGUUCUUCGGCGGCGUAGCGCACAUCAUGCCAAGGGUCGUGGUGCUGUACGCUAUGGAGCUAGGCGGCAGCAUCGGGUACUACGCAGGCAAGUCGACUAUGAAGGACCUGCUUCUGUCCAUGCAGCAGCUACGCCCUACCACCAUCGUGACAGUGCCGUCUGUUCUGCACGGUAUGGUCGACAGCAUCCACGGUACCAUUGGCAGGCGAUGGCAGCCGAUUGCAAUGCUCCUGAAUUGGGCAGUGCGCUGGCAGCUGGGGUACGUCAAGCAGGGCUACAGCUCAAAGGGAACGCUAGUCGACUGGCUCUUGCUGCGACCCAUACGUGAAAGAAUGGGCGGACGCAUCGAGGUCAUUGUUGUAGGUUCGGCCGCCUUGUCGGCCAAGACCGCUCAGCUGCUGCGUGUGUUCAUGGCGUGUGACGUCAUCGAAGCGUACGGCAAAACCGAGACUGCAUCGGCGGGCACGCUUUCCCUGGCUGCAGAUACAUCCCACGGCCAUGUGGGCAGGCCCAUGCUCUGCACACACAUCAAGCUCACGUCUGUACCCGACAUGGGCUACGACGCCUUCUACGGCAAAGGGGAGGUGUGCAUCAAGGGUCCGAGUGUGUGCAUGGGAUUAUGGCAGAAGGACGGACCUCACUACGACGGUGUGCGUGAUGAGAACGGCUGGCAUCACUCCGGUGACAUCGGCCGAUGGCGUCCCAACGGCACCCUGGAGAUCGUUGAUCGUAUCGGCAACGUCUUCCGGCUGACAAACGGCGUCAGCAUAGCACCGGAGAAGAUCGAAGCCAUCCUGCAGGAAGUGCCCUACAUCACGGACAUCUUCAUCUACGGCUCGUCGUCGCGCGCAAUGUGCGUGGCUAUCGUGGUGCCGUCCGAAAAGGGUCUGAAGACCUGGCUGACGACGGGCAUGGGGUACAAGCACAGCGAGGCGUUCAGCAACAUGGACCUGGUCGAUCUCUGCCAGAACACCGUCGUUCACCAGGUGAUCAUGCGCAGCAUUAAGGAGCACUGCAGCGCGCACGGCCUCAGCAGCCAGGAGAUGCCGCACGCCAUCUUCCUCAGCCCGACGCCGUUCCGAGACACCCCUGGCCUGGUCACGCCAACGCUCAAGGUGCGUCGCAAGGAUGUCACCGAGAAGUUUGCCCCGGUCAUUCAGGAGAUGUAUGCCAAACUGAAGAAAAAGAGCUGAGCUGCAACCAUUCCGAUGAAGAAAAAGAGCCCUCUGCUACUUUGCUUCAAACAACAUUGUGGUGUACUCGCAAUACACGGUGAAAGAGAGGGUCGGCGGAAGAUUGCGCUGCGUCAGAGCUAGUGCACACACCAUGCACUUUUUUCCUUUGGAAUGUAGUACUUGAAUCAACCAGCAGGAAUUUCUCACACUGGCAACUAGCCUGCUCUGGCAGUGUCGGUGCUGAAAAUGAGCUAGCUAGCCCCCGCCGCCACUCCCUUUUCCCUCCCAGUUUAUCUGUCAUAGUUACGGCAUGUUUCUGAUCAGCUUCAUGGCCACUAGUACCCCAGUCUGUAUUUAUUGUAGACACACAGCGUUGCUCAUUGGACAAAACGCAGGCUCGAUGUCCGGCUCCGGCGCAGCUUUAUAUCGAAUACGCCACAUCUAAGGUGGCGGACAACGCAACACAAGCCGUGUAGCAUGUAGUUGUCCCGCAGUGGAACGUGGGUUAAUUAAGGACUACAGGCCCACGGUGGUGUGUUGCUUAAAAAAAAACUCUUUAGAAAAGAACAUAUCCCACGUACCACUCACAGAAUCACUGUGCAAUACCUGAUUAUGAUUACGAAGCUGUUCAUCAUGCCUAGGUACCACUCAACCAUGCUAUUACAUCAAGUAUUACGUAAUGACUUUUCAUGGUGAUGUACUACUACUGUCUGUGUAUACAAUCAUAUUCUUCACAUGGCGUCAGUUACAUGAGAGUGGAUGUAUGAGCAGUUA